CCUGUAUUGUUCCAACACGUAUUCUGGUUCUUUGGUCAUCCUGAAGUGUAUAUUAUGAUUUUGCCUUCUUUCGGCAUCAUCUCUCAAAUCGUUCCUACGUUUUCACGUAAGAAGAUUUUUGGUUACUCUUCAAUGGUAUAUGCAACCUCUUCUAUCGCAUUCUUAUCGUUCAUCGUAUGGGCGCAUCACAUGUUCACUACUGGUAUGCCAGUAGCGACUGAGCUGUUCUUCAUGUAUGCAACUAUGUUGAUUGCGGUUCCAACAGGUGUGAAAGUAUUUAACUGGGUAAGCACCAUGUGGAAAGGGUCAAUGACUUUUGAAACACCUAUGCUUUUCGCUAUUGCAUUUAUCUUCCUGUUUACCAUUGGUGGUUUCACAGGUUUGAUGUUGGCUAUCGUUCCCGCUGACUUCCA